CCCUCUCAUACCUCCGCGACCUUCUCCGUCGUUCGUUUACUCUAAGAGCAACUUGUUCAGUGUCUACUCAGUUCUCGCCUCUUCGUGAAGCUGCUGGGAAAAGGAGGAAAAGUUCUGCUGUGUGCUUGUUUGGUGGGAAGGAUAAGUCCAAUGGUAGUGACGAGAUAUCACCAUGGAAAGCAAUAGAGAAAGCUAUGGGGAAGAAAUCUGUAGAAGAUAUGUUGCGGGAGCAGAAACCUUAGGCUUCAUCUUUUUGUACACGUACAUUAUUAAUGGAGAGGAGUUGAUCAAGCUUGCAAGAGAUUACUUUAGGUUUCUUAUGGGAAAACCUAAGACUGUUCGGUUGACCCGAGCUUUAGAUGGUUGGAAUGAACUCGUGGAGAUGAUGUCUAAGCAAAGAGUGUGCGAUGAGUACUGGCUAGGGAAGGCCAUUAUCAACACGCCCAUCUGGUAUGACAGCCAAGUCCUCAAGGCUUACUUAUGGUCGACUCAAAGACUGAUGAGCAGUUCGAUUAAAUCCUUCUUAUAUGAAGAGUUAGAGAGCUUGAAGAGAUGUUUCGUAAUCACAGUUGAUCUUCGUAUUCUAGGUUCAGUUUCAGCUUUGAAAUCGAGUUCUUGAUGUUUAGUCAAUGUUGGUGCUUAGUUUAUCAGACGUUUAUUAUUGGUUUA